AUGUCAAGUACAGCUGACACUAUACUUGGCUAUAACAUACUGAUUCUAUUGGCGGUAGUGACCACGGGCAUUUUAGCUGGCGAAUGCCCUAGUGACCCAAAAAUAUUAGCACCAUGCGAGUGUAAACCAUUCAAUGAAACAUUCAACUAUAUAAACUGCGCCGAGUACGUCGAGCUAGAUGUAUUAGGCGUGUUCAAAAAUCUGAGCAAGGCCCUCGAGGGUAAAACUAAGCAAUUUUACCAGAUCAGAUUUAGCAACAAGCUCAUCGAGUAUUUGCCGGCCAAUGCAUUUGCGGACAUUGAGUUUCAAGAGGUUUACGUGUCGUUCGCCAGUCGUAUGACCCGUUUUCACGCCAAUGCACUGAACGGCACCCGAAAUACAGUUACGAAACUCAUUGUCGAAAGGUCUCCGAUCGAGGAUAAUAACGGCACCGAUGAUAACGACUUGUUUAAAGCCGUGAGACAAUUGACCAGGCUAAAGCAAUUUGAAUUAUCAUGGUCCCACGUAACAGAAAUACCUGCUGGUGCUUUCCAGUCACACCCGACCCUCGAAAGGCUAAAAUUUUACGACAACCUCCAGAUGAUAAAAGUAGGCCAACAGGCGUUCAGUCAAUUGAAAAACUUGUUUUACAUAUCGAUCGAGACGUCCGAUAUAAACGCCAUUUCCGGCGAGGCUUUCAGUCAAGAGUCGGAUGAACGCGAGUUUAUCGUCCGACUCGAUGGCAACGAUAAGGCGGUGUUCCCUCCCGAGGCCUUUCAGGCUAUCAAACGGCCCGUGAACUUGCAUUUGACCAAGGACGAUUUGUCGCCAUAUGACUUUCAUUAUAUACCUGAGUCCACGUAUAAGCCGUUCCUCGACCAGCAUCCGAAGCAUAGGAUAUUUUCGACGUUAGGUUCGGGCGAUUGCAGUGAUAAACGCAAUGAUUGGUUGAGAAAUAGAAAUCCUAAACAAUGGUUCGAUGAAAAUUGUAGUUAUUAA